AUGAAACUGAACAUUGAUGGGGCAUCCAAAGGGAACCCUGAAACAUUAGGAGGAAUAAUUCGAGAUAACUCCAUAAAGUUAAUAGAAGCAUUCUCAGCCCAAUCUGAAAUACUAACCAAUAUGGAAGCAAAAUGCAAAGCACUAGAUGAUGGAUUAAGAUUAUGUGAAAAACUGAACAUAUAUAACAUCGCAAUAGAAACUGACUCAAUGACACUCACAAAUAUGUUUAGGAAAAAUAAAUGUAACCAAUGGAAAUUACAAAGAACCUAG